AUGGCUGAAUUUCCGGAUUUUGGUCGACACUGUAGUGUCAGGAAUUGUCAUCGAUUAGAUUUUUUGCCAAUAAGAUGCGAUGCUUGCGAGUUAUACUUCUGUUCAAAUCAUUUUGCUUAUGAAUCACAUUGUUGCAAUUCAAAUUUUAAGGAUCAUCAAGUGCCGAUUUGCCCAUUGUGCAAUGCAAUAGUGCCUGUACCUCGUAAUCAGUCUCCUGAUUUAGUAAUCAGCUCUCAUAUAGAUAACGAAUGUAAAUGGGAUUCGAAUUGUCAAAAAAUUUAUAUUAACAGAUGUACACAACCUGGAUGUAAAAAAAAGGAGCUUAUCGCCAUAGCAUGCCUUGAAUGUAAUCAGAAUUAUUGUCUAAAACAUCGUCUGCCAAGCGAUCAUAUUUGUAAAAAAGAAAUCGAACAGCCACCAUCUGCACCUUUUUUUCUGAUCUACAUUCUAGAAAUUCAUUUAUUGUCAUUUGUUUAUUUAGUCAUACUUUCCAGUUCUUUCCAGUUCUUUCUUCUUUUAUUAUUAAUUUACACUUCCAGUAAAUGGAGAAUUGUUUUAAAAAUUUCCUUCAGUUUGGUUACCGUAAAUCGAAAGAAGCAAACGGCAAAUCAUCAGAAUCUGGCAAAAAUGAAAAGUUGUAAGGAUGACAUUGUUUCAUUGGUACUAUUAUUCUUUCUUUUUCAGUGA